AUGACGGAUUGUAGAUUGCUGCAAGGUGAAGUGGAACAUUUAUUAAAACAAGGAUAUUUAACGGAGUUAUUUAGUGAAAAGGGAAAGCAGGCAUAUAUGAAAAAUAGGCAGGAGCCCCCAAAACCCCCUUCACCGAAAAGGACAGUUAAUGUCAUAAGUGGAGGAGAAGAAAUCAACGGCGUAACAUACACAGCAGUGAAGAAGGUGUCCAAAAUAACAGUUACAUACGGGAAGCGAGUUCGACGGGUUUUAGAAGAAGAUAGUAUUACAUUUGAUGACGCAGAUGCAGAUGGCAUACAGACCCCACAUAAUGAUGCACUGGAGAUACAAGCUGAUGAUAAGUUGAUACCCAAAGCUCAUACCUUAUCUGGUUUAGACAACUCGAGCGUUGUGACAAAAGGAGAGAUAAUGCUCACCUCAUUUGCAGAAGGAGUGGUCAAAGACACCAAAUUUCAAGUGGUAGAAAUGGAUAUGGCUUACAAUAUAAUUCUUAGUAGACCAUGGAUACAUGAGAUGGAUGCUAUACCAUCUACUUUGCAUCAAGUUAUCAAAUUCUCUUCACAAUGGGAAUACGGAAAAUACGUGGUGACCAGCAAGCGUCCCGGAGCAUUAAUUCCGUAG